AUGGCCUCUCCCGCUUCCUCAUCGUCGUCCAUGUCUUCCAGCUCUUCUCCUGUCCACCACGCCAGCCUCGUAGACCCCGCCCGCCACAAUCCAGCUCUCCUACAGCUUGUCGACUUCAAGGUCUCAAGGCAGGUCAUCGAAUACACAAUCGACAUAGUCGUCGAGACUGUUGACUACGCUUUGGGACGAACAACUCCAUCUUCUUCGCGCGGACGCCCUCUCCGUCGGCCAGAACAUGCAAAGUUCUCCGACUUCGUAUCUAAAGUCCUCACCCGCGCCGAGGUCACAAUGCCAACUCUUCUCGCGACCCUCGCAUACAUCGACAGGGCUCGCCCCCAUCUCCACAUCGGUAUGGAGGAGUGGGCUUUGGAGCGAGUAUUUCUCGGGGCUCUCAUCGUGGCGUCAAAGUAUCUCAACGAUUCGACGCUCAAGAACGUUCACUGGGCCAUGUGCACGAGUGUAUUUGGAAAGCGGGAUGUGGGCCGCAUCGAGCGCGAGUUCCUCGAUGUGCUCAACUUUGAGUUGAAGAUUACGGAGGAUGAUCUCAUGAGCCACUACCAGGGAUUAGCAGAUGCUGUCUCGCUAUCAUCUUCCCGGCGCCCCGUCGAAUCCGUCAAGGAGGCCAGCCUCCCCACCUACACCCACACGGAGAGACGCCACUCCCGCCGUCGCCCCGCACCAGUUGCAUCUGCAGUCCCCGAACUUUCUCCUCCCAGCCCCGUUUCUUCCUCAUCAUCUUCAUCAUCAUCACCAUCCGACUCGCCGCGCACUCCAGAGUCGAUGGACAUCGACCCCGCGUCACCUGCCAAGCGCUCGAUGGAGCACCCGUCGAAACACCACAUUCAGCUACCGCUGCCGCACCAGGCGAACCCAACCACAGCGCGCAAGAUGAUGAACGCUGCGCAAUUCUCGACGAUGGAGCUGCUGCGGUCCUUCCCCAUACCCAGAAUGACCACCGCAUGA